CUGUAGCAUCCACACAUGAAGCCCAAUGCUGGGCGCUUUCUCACAGAGCAGUUCAGUGCCUCCACACCCAGGAAAUCCUCCAUUUCCUGGAUGCAUGAAUCCUACUACUUAAAUGCGGCCCAUGCAACAGGCAGCACAAACCUCCUCACAAGUGCAGGAUGCAGUGUGUGCUGUGUCCCCACUUGGCAUUUCUCAGACAAGGCCUCCUUCAAUUGUUCCCAGCACUUGGUCACGGACUCAGACAGGCUACCAGAGACCACAGGCAGCUGCCACCACACUCCAACAGCCUGCAGCAGAGAAACUAAGAACAGGUUAACAGCUGAAGACAAUGAAAUUUGUGUGACUCUGCACUGCUUACCACUGAGCAAACAACCCAGAGGGCUGCUGCUAGCACAAGAGGGCAGACCAGCGCACGUUAUGGAUCUUGCUACCAACAGAGGUCUCAACCUGCUGCUCAAUUUCCUGCUCAUAGUCUUGGUUUUAGUACUCGCAUUUAUCCUUGUGAAGCUGAUGUGAAUAAUCCCUGGGAGGUUUCUUUUCAAAUCUUGUUCUGAGGGCUUGGGGUUCUUUUGCAAUGAUAACGUAAGGAGGUCAAUCUAUCUAACCAGAAAUACGACAAGACUGCAUAGAUUGAAGUAUCUGACAGAGAAAGUGUUCAGAGGGUUUUAUCAGAAGUGAACCUUAAAUCUACACACAAUUAUGUCAUGCCAUUGAGUAAGGAAAGCGCUGAGAGCCUUGUUGAGUACAGAAAGAAAUCCAAGUACGCAUAAAGGGUUACUUUAGUUUUAUAAAUGCUGCAGUCAACUUUCAUUUUAAGGACCAGCAAAAGAUCAGCAUCCUUCAAAAAACAAUUUCAGAUCUCCCGUGGAGUGCAAAAGUACAGAUGCUGGGGAUGGAAGAGGUUGCUGUGGUUUACAGCAACUGAGAUGUGGACAAGUUAAGUUUAAAUCUGAAAAUGUAAUUUUUAGGGACACUUUUUGACACCUGUGAUUCACAGCAACAUCUUAAAAGCCAGAAAGCAUUCAUGUUACACAUCAGUAACAGAAGCAGCAGCUGUUAGACCUAUAACAAACAAAACAGAAAUCAAACCCAAACAAGGGCCACUAGCAAGCAAGGGUUAUCAUAUCCACGAAUCCUUCAGCACUGCUGCAUAUGUGAGCUGUCAGAGCCUCUGCAUAACAGCAAGAAGAGUGCUGCAUCCUCAACAAGUUCACCACUUAUGCACAGGUCAAGAGUGCUGCCUGGAGCCCUCAAGCUGUUUGACACUCCAUUUGUUGUAUGCGUACCACAGCAGCAUAGUUAGCCACCUAUAGCUCAUCCUCACAUCAAGCCUGCAAUGAAAGCUUCCCAUGGGACCUCCCCCUACAGCCCUUCACAGGAUGAUCUGCUUUCUCCACGCUUGCUGGGAAAGGCAGUGACCAAGGAGAGCUCCUUUCUACUAGAAUAAUUUGCCUACCAGGCAACCCUAAGAUACACAGGGAGAGAAGGAAGCCACAAGCAGACUACAAACACCACACUGAGGCCAAGAAGUCUGCUCUUCAGCAUCUCUCUAUUCCCCCAACAAGUUGGGAACCAAACGUAACAACAUACCAGUAUCAUAUUGUAAAUUUAAUGCCAUACACAUGCAAGAUGCUGGUGGUGCCCAGAGGUGAGGAAAACCCAAUUUCCAGCUCCUUUAUGACAGAAGAGUUCCCUGGACCAGCAGGUACGCAGUUGAUACCACAGGUGCCCCCAACAUUACAGAGCUGAUCUACUCCAGCUCCACAUAGGAUUGCCACACUAUUACUGCUGUUGCGGCUGGUUCAGUCAUUUCAGUCAUUCAGUACAGAAGAGACUGUACUACAAAAAGAUCUACAAAAAGACUUAGCACAAAAGGAAGACAAUAUGCCAAUAGAAACAUGGUGUGCAGGCCCACCAUGACCAGGCACCCAUGUUUCACACCACAUUAUCUCCUUCAGCAUCGAGACACCAUUAUGUGGGACAGCACUGACAGAGAAGUCAAAUAAAAGAUUUCUCUUGUGCUUUCUCUUGUGCAAUAAAAACUUAAAAAGAGCUUCUGCUUUUUUUUUUUUUUUUUUUUUUUUUUUUAUGUGAAUACAUAAUAUUUGUAUUCAAAGCAGGAAAUUUCACACUGUAACCACUUUUUCACUUAUUUUGAUUAUCUUGAAACGUUCUGCUUUAAAAUCUGUACAUUUAUGUAUGUGGGAUUGACGUUGUAACAGUAAUACAGUUCCAUAUUAUUUAGAAGGAUUUCUGAUAGUUCAUGUAAUAGACAAGAUGAAAAAAAAAAAAAAAAAAAAAAAAAAUCACAAAAUUAAGAAACUGAUAUGAAGGCCACUCUAGUCUGAUGAAGAGUAAAAACUAGUUCUCAAGCAAAAUGGCCACCCUGAGUAUUUUAUGCCUAUUCUUCUGCAAAAACAAGAGCUCCCUUACCUUAUGGAAGUCACUGCGACAGCUGAACAGCUAAAAAGAGCUAAAUGAACUAGCAUUAAAAAAAAAAAUAAAAAAUCAAUUCCUUUCAUUCAAAAGGACAAAGUUGAGUGUAGUAACUUGACCUAUCACUUAUCUCCAGUUCUAAAGCUAUGCACAAACUGCCAUUAGGAUGUAGCUACCCCAUGAAACAACACCAAACUUCUCCCAGACCGCAACGAAAAUCACAGAACCUUAAAUAAAUGUUGAAACGCGCUGCUGAAACUGAACAUGCAUUCUCCUGGGAUGACGUACAAAAUUGGAAAAGCUAUCAGUCAUCCAAUGCCAAGCCUUUUUCUGUAAUCAGGCAUGGUCCAAGCUUGGUUUGCCACCAUCUGCUAGCACUUAGACUGAGCGCACGUAUUCACUAUGGGUUGAAUCCAUUUGUCAGCCUGCAACCAACUUCACAGCGAAAGAAACAGAGCAUAAAAGCUCACAGCAGUGAACUAAUUCUGUUAACUAUAAGUGAUGUUUGAAAUUUUUAUCCUGCUGGAAAGUAUGUUUUUCUCAAGUCAGAUUUUGAAAGCAUUUAUAAUGACUUCUCUCCUUCACUUUUCUGACCUGUCAGAAUCAUAAGGAAAAAUACUUUCGAGUUCACAUUUCAGAAUAAAAUUCAAUGACAACAA